UGAUCAGUUUGGGGUUAUUUUCGACACAAUUGACGCUCUCAAACUCAAACACCUGACCUGCUCACUGAGUGGCUUUAUUUUCUUGAUACCUUUGCACGGGCGAGUUUUAGGAUCCUCGUUCUUUUCCCAUUCUCUUCCUUUUUCCCCAACUCAUCGUGCUUCUCCCAAACUGCACUAGCAAAAAUGAGGAACGCCGUCCUGAAGCAUUUAGUGGAGGGUGCAUUCAACUCGUCAUCGAGAUCGAGAUCCGUCGUUGCAGCUGCUACCAAUUCAUCUCUUCCAUUCUCCCUUUUUUCGAGACGCCAUGCAGUUUCUGCAUCAUUGGCUGAUGAGGAAGGGGAAACAGUUGUUUUUCCUAGGGAGGGUCCUGGGGCUUCUUAUGGUCUUAACUGGGCUCUUGCUGGAAGAGGGGUGAUUGUUAAGGACAAAGCUUUUUACAACUUAAAGUCUUCUGAGCUACAACAGAAAGGUGCAGCCUCUGCAGAGUCACUUUCUGGUCUUCCAAUUCACAUCAGGGGGAAUGCCACUGGAGGGGCUUCCGAAAUUUCCAAAGCACAAUUUAGUAAACUUUUGAAACAGGUUACAUCCCACUUAUCUUCUAUCUCAAAUGUCUUUGUACAUGAUGGGGCUGUUUCUUCUUCUCCAAAAUGUGAUGCAAAAGUCCGUAUUAUAAGUGACAGUCCCUCCGCUGUGUUGUCACUUUCAAAUAUUCUUUGGAGGACUCCUACUCGUGCAGUGUCCCAUGAUUCUUGCCCUGUGACUCUUUAUGCUGCCACCUCUAUAAGUCAAAAUACUGCAGAGGUUAUUGGUCUUGGUUCACAAGUGAAUACUGGAUUUCUAGCUGCUGAUGUUGAACACUCAUCGCUCAUCCUUUGUAGUAAAGCAUUUUCUGAUAUCCAUGGUAUAAAAGAUGCAUUGGCUGCUGUGGCUGCACCAAUUAUAUCUGCAAGGGAAGGCAUUCCUCUUUCUGCUAGGCUCUUCUUGUCUGGCGACUCUGUAAUUCUUCUGUUUACUCCAGAGGAUACUGUUCAGAGCCUCUCGGAUCUGUUGGUGUCUACAGAUGCUGGUGUGGUUCUGUCCUCGCAGGGUGUUGCACCACUGUUUCAAACUGGGGCUUCUGGAGCACCAAAUCUUUACAAAUUGCCAGCUGCUAUGCUUCUUGUGACUUCAGAUAGUUCUGGCACUCUUCCUUCUGUGUGUAAGAUCUCUUCAGGUCAGGCAGCAUACCACUUCCUGGCUGGCUAUCAGAAUGGUAAUUUUGUGCCUGCAUACGGCAAGGGUCCCUCACCCGUUGACCCUUUGGAGCUAGCAAAAUCUCUUCUUUUAAAGUUAAAAGAAAACCAGAUUCCAUCCUUCCUGGUUAAUAUUGGCGAAGGAGACAAACGGAAAACAGGCAAGGAGCUAGUUAAGUUGGUUCAAUCAAUUCUGUCCAGUAGUAUACCACCUUUUGAACCUAAAGCUGGAGAUCUUCAAGCGAAGUACAAUAGCUUUGUAUCUGGUAGGUUCCAAGAACUGCCCGAGGAAUUCUCGUUCUGAAACCCGUUGAAUGUUGGCAUCUCUUGCAGCCUACUGAAGAUAUGAAUGUGCACAUUUCAUUUAUUAGAUUGACCUGAGAUCAUGUGAGAAAUUUUAGGCUCACAACAUUUCUUGGAGUACAAAAAAUUGUGGAAUAAAAUAACUUUUUAUUUGCUUUUUUUUUCAAAGUUUAUUUUCUUUUUUGUCCUUGUUCCGUCAUGAAAACUAAUAAGCACUUCUUCAGGUCAGAAAAGAUAAUUUGAGGAAUUCAAGGACGCAUGCUACAAUAUUGUAGGCUUCACAUCAUAGAAUUUAAUAGAAGUGGCCCUUAUAUAA